CUUCCAUUGUGAGUUUUUACAUCUUCAAUACAAUAAUAGAAAAUGGAAGCUUUGCGCAAUUUCUGUGUAAAACUGACGGCAAUCCACCUCCUAAUAUAUAUUUAUUUAAAGGAAAGGAAAUAAAAGCUAAAAACUCUGGUGAAUAUUUUCUGUUUCAUAAUAAAUCAAUGUCUUGUAAAGAUGCUGGUAGUUAUCUCUGUCAAGCCAACAAUGAACUAGAUUUUAACAGUGUGGAAACAAAGGAAGUUACUCUGUAUGUUAAAUGUCCUUUGCAGCUUUUAGCCGAAGAAAACGCUAAGAAUUUCAGCCUACAACCUGGACAAAUACUUUCUUAUAAUUUUACUGUAUAUGGAUAUCCUGAACCAGACAAAUUUACUAUUUUGAAAUCUGGUCAAGUAUCUAAUAAUAUAAUAGUUACAGCGUCAUUACUCGAACCACCAUAUACCACUGUACAUCUGGAGAUGGCUAGACUGAAGUCUGAAGACUUUGGAAGUUAUUCACUUGUUAUCUUUCAGAACGGAUUAGAGAGGCUGUUUUUUAACCUUGUUAUAAAGGAAGAAAAUAAUCUUGAGACAAACAUUAAUAUUGCCGCUGCUGCUGUUGGAGGAAGCAUUGCUGCUUUUGUUUUGCUAAUAAUCUUUACAAUUGCAUUUGUUGUUUUUAGAAAAUAUGAAAUAACAUGUAAGAAAAAAUUAACAAAACAAUCACCCAAAGAAACACAAACAUAUUCAGAGCUUUCAAUAUCACAACAGCAACUGGACCUACAUAAUUAUGAAACGCCAAUCAACAACACGAAUCUGCAUAGAAUUGAGUCAAUGGAAACAAAUUCAAAAUACAUGAACGUGAAAGGUUAA